UCUUCCCCUCCCGUCCCGUCAUCGUCCUUUUCUUUCCGGACACGAUCUUGAGACUCGAGACUAAUCUAGCAAAGAACAAGUAAAGGUUCGACGACGACGCGUCUAGAAGAGCUAGCAGCCUGUGACGUUUUACUCACUUUAACCCCCAAAUCAUAGGGAUGCCGGUGGCGGGCGGCGGCGAGUUGAAGAGGUGCCUGUUGGCCCGGGAUCAGGUGGAGGACGCUAUCAGUGCCAUCGGCGAGACCGAGCAGCAGCUGAGGGACAACGCCAGAGAGGCACGGUGGCAGUUGCAGAGCUGCGUGAGCCGCCAGCAGGAGGCGCUGCGCUGCAGGGAGGUGUGGCUUCUGGCGCAGAUCCAGCUGCUGGAACAUGUCAAGGCGGAAACGCUGCAGCAGCAGUCGCAGCAGCUCCAUCGGAUGCUGGGCCAAUUGGAAGCCAUCUCCCAGCAGUUGCAGAGCAGCAACAGCAGUGACCUCAGCAACCAACUGACCAGCUGCAUGGACAAGUUUUCCCGUCUGAGUCUGACACCGGAGGAGACACCAGAGAUGAAUUUCAGCGCCGAUUCGCGCUCCCUGAGGGACGCCAUCACCUCUUUCGGCAGCGUCGCUUCCCAGGGCGGGGCUCCGAAAUUCCGGGAAGGGGCUCCGAAAUUCCGGGACGGGGCUCUGGGCGACUGGCUGCUGGAAAGCGGCCCCACUCCGGCGCUCUCGAGCCAAGUAAGCCAUGAUACGCGGGUGGACUUUUUCAAAGCAUGGGGUCAGCUGCGUGACUUGGAGACUUGGCUGCUCCGGGACCACGAGAGCGCCAACCGCCACUCCGACGACAACUGCAACGACGGCAGCCGUGACCUGAGCCAAUGGCUGGCUGCAACCCAGGCCCCCGUCGCCACCCAGGCCCCCGUCGCCACCCAGGCCCCCGCCGCCACCCAGGCCCCCGCCACCACCAAGGCCCAUGCCGCCCCGCCGCGUCUGCUCCUCCAGCCUUUUUCUGAAAGCUGUUCCUUGGACAAGUGGCUGGUCGGGUCUGGCUGCUCCUCCUGCCCGGGCCAGAGCGCCCCGGCGCUGGAGAUUGAAAACCUGGGCCGGCUCAAGUGCCUGAAGACCCCUGCCUCCGACCUCCGGGCCUGGCUUCACCGGGUGGCGCCGCUGCCGCAGACGUGUCGUGCCAACGAGCCCUGCAGCAGCUAUUCGGAGUGCGUCUGCGACCAAAACUGCGGCCGGGAAGCCGUGGACGCCUGGUUGAUGCGGCACAGCGAGCGGGACAAAAACGGCGUGCCGCUCCGUCUUUCCGCCGAUGCCGCCAAGAAUUGCCCCGCUCCUCUACACCAUAUAGAGCAAGCUCACAAGGUUCAGGCCAUCCUGGAGGCGUGGCUUCACCCUUCCGAGCCCCAGAGAUCAUCGCCGGAGGAGGAAAAUGACAAAUGGCUGUUGAAGAAGCGUCAGGAAGGCACAACUUCAGCCCGCGACGCUUUCUCCUGCUUGAAAGUAGCCAGCGACCGAGAGAAAUGGCUCCAUGGGCCGCCUCCCGUUCAGGAUCAGAUUGGAUGAAAACGAUCGUGGCGUUCUUCACCUCGUGACGUGCCAACGGGAAUUGGAGCCGACGCUACUUUUGAUCGACGACUAUGAACAAGAUGACUUGCUUUGAUUCCCAAGAUUUUAAUCACUUUUUAAGUUUGCAGAUAGAAUUGUUGGAUUAGGCAAUAUUUUACAUUUAAUUGACUUAUCAAAGAGUAAAUGAAAUGUGUGCUUUUUUUUUCCCCUAAGUGUGCAUUUGUGUGGAGGGAAUCCCAGCUUAUUAAAUUUGGAUGUCCCUGCUGAUGUGGCUUCAGGAAAUCAUUCUGAGACAAUACAACUAAUAAACAGAAAAACAAGCUCUUUUC